AGAGCAAUAUCCGGAAUAGAGUAAAUAACGAAAGUAACCACCUGGAGGGUGAGGCAGUUUCCUCUUCAUCCAAUCAAAGACAGCAAUUUUAUUGGGUGAAUGAUUACAAGUGUUCAAUAUGCGGGAUAGAAAUGCCGCCAGAUUUUGUUGAGGAAAGACGAGAGCACUCUGAUUUUCAUCUUGCUGAGAAGCUUCACGAGGAGGAAUCUCGCACCUGCUUUGGAACUUUGACGCUGAGACAGAGAGUUGUUAGGAAUGACCAAAUUGCGAGCCAAAGCCAAAGAAAGAAGCGCAAGUUGUCUCAGAGGGAAGGAAAACAUACACCCAUCGAUCAAUUCUUUGUUAAGAGCAAUCAAAACUUUUAGAAUUGUUUCUUGUAGUUGUAUUUAUUCUUGUCCUGUAUAUCGUUCUGUAUGUCAGCAAUUUUUCAGUCGUCAGUUAAUA